ACUCAAUAUUAGGUCGAUGGAAAAAGCAAAUUAUAACAGAUAGAGUAGUUACUACGAAGGAAAAUAGAGAAAUAGAAAUAUUAACUAGUCCUACAAAAAUAAAAAAACAAAUAAAAGAACACAUGGAAAAAUAG